UUUUUUUUUACACACAUAAAAUAGGCUUCUCACCCACCUAAGUUUAAUCUGUCGACUCAUUCCGGUCUUUUCUGUGCAUUUCAGUGGUCAUGGCAGAAGAAAAGAACGUUGCAGAUUCAUCACCUAUUCGUGUCAAGGUGUAUUACCUGAGCGAUGCGAAUACCUGGGACACUCGUGGCACCGGUCAUUGUACCUAUCUUCCGGGUGAGGGCGGAGAGGCGGACGAGAUUAUCGUAGACUCUGAUGAAGAAGAAAACGUCGUGUUACUCAAGUCCAAGAUAAUGAAGGAGUAUCUGUUUACUAGACCUCAGGACACGCUCAUCGUUUGGUCGCAAGAAGUCGAUUCCGAAUACGCUUUAUCCUUUUUGAACGUCGAAAGUUGCGAUAAAAUUUGGUCGCGCAUAUGUGCUCAUGUGAAUCCCAAUGCGGGUGACAACGACGGUGAUUUGGGCAAACCCUCGGAAAUGGUGGGACUUGGAUUAGACGACGAGAGCAGCGAUAUGUCACAACCUUAUCAGGAUUCGAUGGAUGCUCUCAUUCUGCCUCCGCCCAAAGCUUCGAAUUUAUCUACCAUUCUUAAAAUCCUAAAGGACGCAAGAACUAUUACUGAAAAAGACCAGUUGGCGACCUUUAUCGUGGUUGAAAAUUACACAGAGAAACUAUCACGAAAGUUUGAACUAUUCGAGCAGCAUCAUAACAUCAAGGGAUUGCAUUCUUUAUAUACCAUUAUGAGAGGAAUCAUAUCAUUAAAUGACAACACGAUCAUCGAGAAUCUGGUCCGCGACGAAAACGUGCUUGGUGCUAUGGGAAUUCUGGAAUAUGAUCCGAGCACACCCAACAUGAAAGCCAAACAUCGCCAAUUUAUCACAAAAAACAAUGACACAGAAAUGGUGGUUCCAGUCGACGAUUCCAUGAUUUUAACAAAGAUUCAUCUUUCCGCUCGGCUGCAAUAUCUAAAAGAUGUGGUUCUUGCCAAUUAUCUGGAUGAAGCGCUCACCGCGAUCCUGCAUUCUCUCAUAUUUUUCAACAAUGUCGAUAUCGUCAACUAUUUCCAAAACAAUGGCGAAUACCUCACCGAAUUGUUCGGUAUCCUGAAGGAUGACACGUCCUCCGUGGAGAAGAAACGCGAAGUCGUGCGAUUUUUAUAUCAGCUGUGUUCUCUGGGGAAAUCGCUGCAAGCGCAGUCGCGUGCAGAGAUGUAUAGAACGCUUGUAAAGUAUGAUCUCUUGGAUGCCAUCGUCUUUGGAAUGAAGGAUGAAGAAGGGAACAUGCGUUCGCGAUGCGUAGAUAUAUUGCUGUCCAUGGUGGAAGUGGAUGCUUCGUUGAUCCGGACGCAUAUCAUGCAAGAGGCUACCGACGAGGGACGUUCCGACCGUUUACUGGAUACGGUGAUGCAUUACUUUGUGACGGACAAGGAGCACUUCCACAAAUCUGAAUAUGCGGAGAUGCUUAAAUUAUUACUGGAUUCGAACUCUGGAUCCAUGAUCGGUGCUACCGCCAUGGCAAUUAAGGCAUUACGCGAAGAUAAUUCGGAAAUAGAGGAUUUUUUGAUUUUAUUUUACGACAAUUACGCUCAUUCCCUGUUAAAGCCCUUGCAAGCCCUAGACACAAAAGUAAUCAAUUUAAACGGCCCUGUAGAAGCACUGGUAUUGCCACCUGAACAAACUUCGCUUUGUUUACAAAUUUGCGAAUUACUUUGUUUCGCGGUGCGCAAUCACGGUUUUCGCAGCAAAUACUUAAUCUUAUCCACCAAUUGUCUGUCAAAAAUAAUACAACUGUAUCGAUGUCGGGAAACCCAUAUGAAACUAGCUGCUCUUCGUCUGGUACGAACCUGCGUAGGAACAAUGGAUGACUUUUAUAUUCGAUUCAUGAUCAAGAACAACCUCUUUGAACCUACCAUACGCGUUUUACUCGACACCGACGGUCAGAACAACCUUUUGAAUUCCGCCUGUCUGGAACUGUUCGAAUUUAUUCGAAAAGAAAAUGUCAAGACGCUAGUGGAUCACUUAAUAACCAAAUACGGCUCUGUCCUGGAUACGACAACUUACAUCUCGACAUGUUCUCAACUGAGACUAAGAUAUGAACAAAACAAGGACACAGCAGAAAAGAACACACCGAACCAAGAAGAUGGAAGUUCCAGGUUUGUAUUCCAGCUGUCCAGUGUCUGAUACGGAUGCUAAACGUAUUUUUUAGUGCUGAACCACAAGCACCCGAUCAACGAAGCAC